AUGGAUAUUGCCAUUUGCUCUGAUUUGGUUAGAAAGUACUUGGGGAGAGUUGUGCUUAGUGGGGAUAACUAUUUUGCAGGUUUGAAUUCAACAGUUUUUAGUGAUGGAUCCUUUUGUUACAUUCCUAAGGAUACUAAGUGCCCUAUGCAGAUUUCAACUUACUUUAGGAUCAAUGCUUUGGAGACUGGCCCUUUUGAGAGGACCUUGAUUGUUGCAGAUGAUAUUUGUUUUGUGGAGUAUUUGGAGGGAUGUACUACACCUUCUUAUGAUAGGAACCAACUUCAUGCUGCUGUUGUGGAAUUGUAUUGUUCUGAAGAUGCAGAAAUUAAAUACUCCACUGUACAGAACUGGUAUGCUGGGGAUGAGGAUGGGAAUGGAGGGAUAUACAAUUUUGUCACAAAGAGAGGACUUUGUGCUGGGGCACACUCUAAUAUAUCAUGGACACAAGUGGAAACAGGAUCAGCUAUUACUUGGAAAUAUCCCAGUGUUGUUUUGGACGGAGAUGCUACUGUUGAGGCAAUCAAAUCAAAGGCACAGAAUGCUAGAAACUCCUCUCAGUGUAACUCAAUGCUUAUUGGUGAUAAAGCAGCUGCCAAUACAUAUCCUCACAUCCAGAUCGUGAACCUUUCAAUUGGUGCUUUCAUUGCCCUCAUCUUUUCUGCUAUGGCUGAAAACACACACAUGCGUGAUUUACAACAACGCUUAGACACCUUGGAGCAACAAUUUCGUGCUGCUGAAUUGGUCCAUGAACAACAAUACCAGGGCCUCCAAGAGUCUAAUACAUAA